AUGCGCGCUCUCUGUUCGGUUCGCGGGCCGUUGGGCGGGGAGACGCGUGCCCUGGGCGCAGGCGCACGCCUCCUGUCCCUGCGUUUGCCCGGCCACCCUCAGCCGCUACACUUUGUUGUCGAAGCCAAAGCCAGAGUAAAGGAGCUAAAAGCUUUGGCCCACGCUCAUUCACAACUUCUAGGCAUGGCCGAUACAGAACUCUUCGGUUUAGCAAUUAUGCAAAAUGGCGAAUAUUUGUUUGUUGACUUAGAAAGUAAGCUUUCCAAAUAUGCGCCUAAGAGCUGGAGAUCUUCUCAUACGCACGGCUUGGAUGCGCACGGGAAACCUCUUCUAGAGCUUCAUUUGGUUGUUCAAUUUCAUAUAGAGAGUCCUCUUCUUCUACACGAUGAAAUUGGUCGAAACGUAUACUUUCUACAGCUCCUUGAAAAUAUUCGUACACGAGAUGCAUUACCAGCAGAAAUAGUUUUAUUACUAAUCGGUUUGGCACUACAAGCAAAAUUUGGAGAUGAAGAUAUGUAUGAGGACCAAGAAUAUUUUAAAGUUGAAGAUUUUGCACCACCCUCACUUACAGGAGAGUGGGUGUCAUCUGCUUUACGUGCUUGCCAUCGUGAACAUCGUGGCCUUUCUAAAGAUGAUGCUGAAAUUAGAUUUAUACGUGAAGUUUGUCUUCUUCCAGAUACUAUUAACUCUCAUAGGUAUCGAUUGAAACAAUCUAAAACAGAACUAGAGCCAGGAACUGUUUGGCUACUGGUUACGGCUAAAGGCAUUAAAGUUUUACCCGAUAAUGGUCCCAUAUCUAACUUUAUUUGGAGUUCUAUCGGCAAACUUAGUUUUGAUAGAAAGAAAUUUGAAAUACGCACUGAAGAAGGAAAAAUAACAUUAUAUUCUUCUAGUGAAGAAAAGUGUAAAUAUUUAUUUGCUUUAUGUAAAGAGACGCAUCAAUUUUCAAUGAAAAUUUCGCCUAAGUUAAGCGAUAUAUUACGAGAAGAGGAGAAUGAACGUAAAAAUUGUUUUGGUUAUUCAAAAUCUUUAAACUUUCAAUAUUGUCAAAAUAAAAGUGAACAAAGAAUAUCUCUUAUAUCAUCAACUAGUUCAAAUACGACAUCAGGAAUAGUCAGUGACAGAGUACAAUCUGAAGAUGAAUUGGAAAUUAUGAUAGAUUCACCUCCAGCUCCUUCUACUGAAAGUUUAGCAUUAGCUCAUUUAUUAGACUAUUCGAAUUCGUAUUUAAUAAGAAACAUUUCAAAAGAUGUUAAUCCUUUAAUUAAAAAUUCAUCAUCAUUACAAUUACAAAAAUGUAAAAUGCGAAUUAAAAAAAGUAAAGAUGAAUGCGAGAAUGUUUCCAGAAAUGAUACUUCAUCAGAAAUAGGGCUCUGUUCUACAAGUCAAAUGGAAGAGACAUCUUCUUUACCAGAUCAAAGCACCUGUGAAAAACUUGAUGACAGUCCAAACUCUAGCAAAAUGAAAUGUACUGGAUCCCAAUGCUCUUCUUCAUGUAGUACUGUAAUUAUGGCACGCGGAGGCCUAAGUACUCUUAGUAGAGCAUCAAAUGCAAGUAGUUUGGAAUUAGGAUACAGUCACACAGCUCAAAACUCAAUGAUAAGUGAUAACAGUAUGGUGGGAAUUGAUGGGGAAUAUAUUCAGGAUACAGCAUCGGCUUUGUAUGAUGGCCUUGGUCAACCGGUUACUGUAGCUGCUUCCAGCGAAACAAGCGGGGUAUACACAAUGGGCAGUUCUGAAUUAACAUCUCGCUCCAAAUUAUAUAGUCACUCUGAUAGCAGCAGAACUGAAUAUAGUAGCUCACAUUAUGACAGUUAUAAUAUAACAAAAGAAAAUGAUUUGGCUGAUUUUGAUAGUGUUUCGUCUAUAUUAAAGAACAAGUCUACAAGAAUCAACCUCUCACCCAAAGAAUUAAGAUUAAAAGAAAGUUUAGGCAACACUGAUUGUGUUGACGGUACGGCUCAAUAUUGUGUCGAACAACAUGAUGAAAAAGAAAAUAUAUUUCGUGAACGAACAAAUUCUAAUAUUAGUGCUGCUUCAUUUCAUGGUGAUGGGAGUGAUCCAACAGAUAACAAACAUAAUCUGCUUAGUGCAAGUGAAUUAAGUGAUCUUAUUGUUGGCAGAGGCGUUUAUCCGAAAAAUCAGUCAGUGAGUGACACUUUAGAUUCUGUCUCAGAUUACGUUAGAUUACCUUUGCCAUUUUCUGGUGAUAGUUACCUGCAAGGCCACGAGGAUACAGCUCCUUCUGAUGAUAAUUAUCCUAGUAAUACUUAUAUUGACAGGCCACCAACACCACCUACAAGAAUAGACAGCCGUAAAGGGCUAAACUUAUCUCUACCUAACAUACUUGAUUUAGACGAAAACGUGCCUGUUUUGCCAAGAUAUCCAAAUAAGCCGCCGCCACCAUACGAAUAUAAACAUCUAACUCUUGCAUCGUUUCAUGCUCCGUCCAAACCACCACCAGCUUAUCCUGGAAUAUCAUCCAUUUCUUCCAAACCAAUAGUUGAAAAAGAAGAAGUUGCUGCUAGAGUUGUAACAUCAAAACCAAUGAUCACAAUUUUAAAAGCAGAGGCAGGGGAAGUUAAUGCAUCUAGUGAACGGACAUUCGCUAGUCCAAUGGUUUUGGAACAUCGUUUUCAAAAAUCUAAAAGACAUCAAGCUUCCAGUCGAAGAGCAGAACGGUCAAAACUAGCCCAAGGUCUUAAUAAUAAUCUUUCACCUUCAAGAGAAGUUGCACCUCAUACAGAUUCUAAUGUAUUAGUUGCAAUGAUGAAGUUGCCUCCUCCUCCGCCACCACCUCGUCGGCCGCGAUUACCGCCUCCACCACCAGUAGCCCGGCUACCACCACCAUCACCUCCCCAUAACCCCAUAUUUCAUCAACAACUAUACAGUGAUGUUGACUAUGUUUACUACCCUCUUCAAGAUCCUUCUAUAUCUCAACAAAACUAUCUAGAUCAUAAAAUAACAGAAUCACGAAUAUCUAACAUGCAUAAAAGUAGUUUGCAAUACAGGAGCACGCCGUAUCUUUCGACUUCUUUGUCUGCCUCGUCAACUUAUGGAUCAAUACAGAAUCUUUCAGAUUCUUAUAUCCAAAUACCGGGUACGCGAAGUAGUUGGUACUCUAUGACCAGUAGAACAUCGCUGAGUAGCCACUCUAUAAACUUUGAACGACCUCCAGUACCCACGUGCAUUCCAGAACCGGGCUUUCCUCGAACAAAGUCACACGAUAACAUACUAAUUGUUAAAGAUCCACCUCAAAUAAAGACAAGACGAAUGCCGCCUCCUCCACCACCGCCUUAUGAACAUAAAAAAAAGAUUCCUUCUCAUUUAAAGGAACUGCAAAAUCCGAACUGCAGUAUAUUUCAUAGUGAUCCUAGCGUUACGAAAAAUAAAACCUCGAAUUGUGAUUUAGAUAUUAAAACUCUGAGGGAAAAAAGUAAAAACCUCGACUUGCCUUUAAUUGCAGCAUUGUGCAACGACCGAUCAUUGUUAAAGCAAACUAAAGCUUUUGGUGCUACGAAGUCAACUAAGCAAACAGGAAGUGACUGUGAAAAUGACAGAAAAAGUGCCAAGUUUUCUCAAAACACCACCGAUAACAUAGAUCUUAAGAAAAAACAAGAGUUAAAUGCUAGGAAGGCAGUGACCGGGUCCCAAAAAAAGAUAUUAGUACGAAAUCCUACAGAUAAGCUUCCCGCGCUACCCGGAUCUGAAACUCACACUCCUAGAGCUAUGUCCAAUACAUAUGUAAUGCAUCCAAAUAUAGUUAAAUUAAAAAAAAGUCAACCAAGUUCA